AUGUUUGUCAUCCGCCAACAAUCAUCGCGGCUCCUCCGCCGGUCGAUGGCAACACUUGCAACGCCCAAACCCAUGAUAAUCGUGCCCUCAGCCAAAGAAAUCCAAAAUGCAGCUCUUGAUGCACGCAACCUCGAAAAAGCCGUCCGCCACGUCCACCGUGAUGGUCUUGUUGUCAUAAACGACAUUGUUCCCCAUGCCCACCUCGACCACCUCAACAACCGAAUGGUUCAGGACGCGCGUGUAUUGCAGGCCCGUGGAAAAGACGGACCAUUCAAUUAUAACCAAGGCAAUCUGCAGCAGGAUGCGCCCCCUGUAGCUGAAUUCUUCCAGCCAUCCAUAUUUACCAACCCCAUCGCAACUCAAGUAACAACGAGUGUUCUUGGCCCACGACCAAAAUGGACAUUCUGCUCAGCCAACGCGGCAAUGCCACCUAUGCCAGGCUCUUCACCCCAACGUCAGCCCGUUCACUCUGACGCAGACUUUGAUCACCCUUCUCAUCCGUUCGCUCUCGUCGUCAAUGUUCCCCUGAUUGACAUGGAGCCUCGCAAUGGAUCUACAGAGAUUUGGUUGGGAACUCACAACAACGAUAUUUCUGCGCAAGAAGGCGCCCAUGGACAUCGGGCAAGCGGUCGCAUCCAGGAGCAUCUGUUGUCUGAGCGCUCCAAAGCAUGUCCUCCUGUUCAACCGGUCAUCAAGAAAGGAUCAAUUGUGAUUCGAGACCUGCGUCUCUGGCACGCCGGAAUGCCCAAUUAUUCGGAUGAUGUACGCAUCAUGCUUGCCAUGAUACACUUUGCACCGUGGUAUAGAAACCCCAUGCGGUUGGAGUUUGGGGACGAUGUCCGUCCAGUGUUGGAGGGCUUGGAGAAGAGUGGAAAGCUGGGGCUGGAGGUUCCAGUGGAUUGGGUUGCGAGGGGUAAGGUCUUGGAAGGUUACUUGAAUAGGGGAUUUGGAAAUAGUUAUGAUUUUAACCAGGAGAAUUAG